CAAACUUCCUGUUUUCUGUCUUAACUGUGCAGUGUCGAGACGUUUCAGCAACUAUGAAGAAGCAAAAUCGUGUUUGAUUUAGAAUCGGCGGGUGUAAACGUCAUGGCAGAUGAGGGGUCAUCAGGUCCACUUGCUAUAAUUAUCAUCCCAUGUCUGUUGGCUCUGAGCACAGUUUUAGUGGUGGCUCUGAUUUUCUACAGUCUCCACAAGAACAAACAAAGAGGACAAAGCACUUCAGCCCAGUUUACAAAUGGCCAGCAGAUUGUGUCCCUAACGGCUGCUUCUGUAAGCACUCCAAAGGUCCAGGCUGCUUUGUAUCCCUGGGAAAUCCCUGAAGAGUGUGUUGUUGAGGGACUAGAGUUUUGGCAGACAGGUCGCCAUGGCCCUGUUUGUAAAGGUCUGCUGAAAAAGAGAGAUGGAUCCUUUUCUGCUGUAGUGGUUAAGACCCUCCGAGAAGGGCCCAACCAGAAUGAAGCUAAGGAGUUUGUGGAGUGGGUCCUCUUCCAUGCCACAGUGUGUAAACAUGAGAAUGUGGUGCGGAUGUUGUACUGUCAAACCAAGCGUGUGCCCAUGUAUCUGGUCUUAGAUGCGUACAGCCCAGGGAACCUCCUUCACUUCCUCUGGACACUCAGAAAUAACACAGCGGAUUUAUCGCUGAACUUCUCUGAGAGGUCAGUUUUUCUGGUAGCAAAGCAGGUUGCAGCUGGGCUGGAUUACCUGAUGUCAGAGCACAGGCUGGUGCAUGGUGAUGUUGCUGCCAGGAACAUCUUAAUUGGCCCGGGCCUCUCAGCCCGGGUGUCUGGGCUAGGUGUGGCAUUUGGAGGACGCAGAAUGGAUUCAGCAAUUAGGCAGAGAGCAGCAGAGGUGCCUCUCAAAUGGCAGGCUCCGGAGAGGAUUAUGAUGCAGCUCAGUAUCGACAGGAGCGACAUGUGGUCAUUUGGAAUCUUACUGUAUGAACUGAUUACCUUAGGCUCUCCUCCAUAUCCUGAGAUGGAGACCCCUUCUGUGCUUCCAAAGCUACAGGGAUCUUAUCGGAUGAAGAGACCAGACAAUUGUGGAGGACCUUUGUAUGAUCUGAUGAAGUACUGUUGGAUGUGGAGUUUCAAAGAUCGACCUACAUUCUCAGCCAUCAUAAAGCUGUUGGAGUCCUCACUGCAUCUAGCGUCCAUAGAAGCCAUAUGUGUUCCUGAGGACAUAGACAAACUUGAGUAUAACAGAAAGGCAGGACUGCUGUCAUAGGCUCACAUGCUACCAAAUAAUGGCAACACUAUGGCUAACAGGAAAUGAUCAACUUAUCACGUGUGAUUAUCUCUCAGAAUGCAAUGUCACAUCCAUUACUGGUAAAUGUCUACCAGUGAAUUGGUUUAUUGGUAACCCUCCAACAAGUUAAAAAAAACUAUCUAACUUUAAAGUUUUACAAUGAAACACUGAUGGUGAUGAAUUAAGGACAGUGAAAUCAAGUCAUUUUAAAAUUACCUCUUUAUUGCAAAUAAUGUAGACUCAGAAGCACAGAUCUUAUUCAUUAAGAACUUUUUUAUCAUAAGUACACUUGUUGUAUCUAAAAUGCUCUUAGCAUGCAUUACUGGGACUUUACAAUUUUAAAACCAAAACACCCACACAGGAAAGCUGAAUGUGCAAGAUUUGUGUUUACUCUGUGCAUGCACUUUACACAGUAGAUUUUUUCACAACAUUGGUUGUCAUUAACCAUGUCAAGUGGUUUAAAAUCAUUAUCAAAACCA